UUGUUUGGGUUCGAGGCUACACGAAUUCUGUGUGAAAUGAUUGCCAAUGAAAUUCAUUCGUGGAGGAUCUUAAGUAUGCGAAUUACGGUAAAGCGAUCGGUGUGUUACAUAUAAAGUGCUUUUUUAAAUCACAAGUGGAUUUGAUAUCUGAAUAAUCCGAUUGCUUUAUUAAUGAGAAAUAUGUUUUAAUUGUCCAUCAAAUGCUACCUAACUGGAUAUCGAAGAGUGUGUGAGUGAUUUACGUAAUUCAUUGGCUAUUUUUGUUAAGCACUUAGUUUCUGAAGACGUCAAAUAAUAUGUAGCUCUCAACGUCAUCAUUCAAAAACUAAUACAUAUGUGAUUAAUUCUUUUACAAAAAUCGCCGGAUUUUUUAUCAAUCGCUUGGAUUUACUGUUGUGUGUGUCCUACGAGCUAGUUUUUGUGCUAGAAAUAUCAUUUGAUUGUACUAUUUAUUAUUGUAAACAUUCAACUCGUUUUCAACAAGCCGAUAAAUACCAAUAGAUCCGGUUAUUUUUUUUUCUUACUGCCAGUGAAUGAUCAGUGUGUGAGAUCAUUUUUUUUUUAUCAUUAAGUGUAGCAAAAAUUGAUGUUCAGCGUCGGAGUUUGGAUUCACUGCUUACGUUGAUUGGCACUAUUCACUGCUUAUGGUGACAGGCUCUGUUUUUCUAAUCUACGUGUUUGUGAUUGUAGGAAAAGUACACUAGUUUCUCCAAUGAUAACUGCAAUGGUAGCUGGAUAUUAUGAGCCCAAUGGAAACGAAGUAUACCCACCAGGGUCAGAUGCAUAUGGUGAUUACUGUUAUGGUAUUCAAGAUAUGUGUAGCCAUAUGCCUUGCUCGUUCCAUGGGCCCGGAGUGCGCAUGGUGCAAAACAACAGUACAGGUCCCUUACCUGUACAGCUGCAGGUUCCUCCUGGACACGUAGUACAUCAAGUAGUGGACGAGAAUGGAACAGUUCGUCACUAUUUACUCUCACCUCCCAUGCCAUUGCCGGUCGGAGGACACUACAGCCCCAGCCAUGCGUCGAGUACAGGGAUGGCAGGUACUCAGUACUAUCCAUAUCCUAACUUUGGUCCUCCAUAUUUUCAACCUCCUAGUCACUUACAACCAGCAGCCCUUAGUCCACAAAGUAUACCAGGUGUACUGCAAACACCACCAUCUCAAUGCAAUGGUGAAUCUCCUCUAGAGCUAGAUACUUCCCCUCCUCCAAGUCAAGUUUUUCUAACUCAAAAAGAUGAAAGCUACCAACGGUCCACAUAUAAGUUUCGUAGAAAAACCGAUAGCAGAUCUAGGGAUAAAUUAACAAUAUUGCCAAGCCAAUCUUUACUAGGAAAUAACAAAGACAAAAAACUUCACAGGUAUGAGGACCACUAUCGCAUAAGUGGAAGUUCUGCUUCUGGAAGUAAUGCAUCAGAAGACGGGGAAGUCACCUGGUUGUUUACCGAGUACCUCUCGAAUCUAAGACCUCCAAUGGUUACGGAACUCUCUCCCUAUAGUGUGAUGGUGUGCUGGAAACCACCAGAUCUGCCAUCAGGAGAGCUGGAACCAUCACUUUGUUCAACUCUUCAAGAGAGUGAAAUAAUGUAUGAAGUCAUGCUCUGUGAAAAAGGAAAAGAAGGGCGCUAUAAAUCUGUUUAUAGUGGACUUGAUCACCACUGUAACAUAACCUCUUUAAAGCCAGCUACAGAAUACUAUAUUUGUGUGCAAGCAUCUGUUGAUGAUAUUAGAGGCAGUAGUGUUAAAGGAUUAACAUUUAAAACACCGUCAGUGGAACCUGAAGCACCACAAUCACCCAGGUUAUAUGCAAGAACAAAGAACAGUCUCACAUUGAAAUGGAAUUCAAGUGGUGAUUCAAGCAGUUCCAAAGUUACUUAUAUAUUAGAGUGUGAUGAGAUUAGCCAAGAGCAGGGUUUCAGUCGAAAUGGUUUUACAACUGUUUACACUGGACCACUCAAGCAGUUUAAAGUAACAAAACUAACUCCUGCAACUGGCUACAGGUUUCGGUUAGCUGCAAUGAAUGAUAAAGGAAAGAGUGCAUUUAGUGAGACGUGCUGUUAUUUUACAAGUGGCAAUGCUCCUAGUCAACCUUCACCCCCAAUUUUAAAACAAGCUUAUAUCAAUCGACUUCACCUGGAAUGGGAACGAAGAACAUUUGAUGAUGACUUCAAUCUGCAAAUAGAAGAUGAAAUGAGGCAUGGUUUCUUCACAACUUAUAGUGGUAGAGAAACACAUUUCACAUGUUCAGGGUUACGGGGAAAUACGGAAUAUAAAUUCAGGUUAUGUGCAAGUAAUGAAGAAGGCUCAAGUCCUUGGAGUAAAAUAGUAACUUAUUGUACACUGCCUGAUAAAUUAGGGUGUCCUGGUAAACCCGUUCCGAAGGGAAGAAUCCAUGCAUCUUGUUUUAGGCUUACUUGGGACCCACCUAAAGAUUGUAAGCACUCUACAGUUACAAAAUAUAUUCUAGAAGUGGAUAGAGGAUUCGGAUUUGAUGCUGUAUAUACAGGUCCAGAUCCUGAAUUUUUCCUAGAAAACUUGCUUCCAGGUACUACUUACAAAGUCAGGGUAGCAUGCAUCACUUCUGCUGGACAUAGCCCAUAUUCUGAUGUUAACAGUAUUACCACUGCUGCAGUCAGUCCAGGGAAGUGUGCACAGCCAAAACUUCAAAGCAAACCUGAAGCAUCUUUUGUAUGUCUUGACUGGGCUCACCCCGAGCAUGAUGGUGGAGCUGCUGUAUCAGAGUAUGAAGUUGAUAUGACGAGUCCUGACAACAUAACACUUCAGGUGUAUAAAGGUCCUGAGACUUCUUGUAUAGUCAAUGGUCUGUUUCCUGGCAGGCCAUACCUUUUCCAAGUUCGAGCUUAUAACAGAGUCGGGGCUGGGCCAUUUUCGGAUCCCUUGGAAGUGGUGAGUGGGGCUGGGCCACCCGAUUCUCCCCGCAAUCUAACUGCAACCUGUGAUUCUUCUGUCACCUGUCGACUGUCCUGGGAGGAACCACUGAAUAAUGGUGCUGCCAUUACUAGUUAUCAACUCCAAUGGAGUACAGAAGAUGAUGAGGAGAGUUUUUCAGAGCUUUAUGAUGGUCUUUGUCUGCAUUAUGAAGUUCAAAGGCUGCUUCCUGCAACUUCAUAUUAUUUCAAAGUUCGAGCAAUUAAUGAAGCCGGACCAGGACCUAAUAGUGAUACAAUCAUGUACAGAACACCUGCUUCCCUACCUGGUGUGAUAUCUAGUGUUAAUGUAAAAACCUUAUCAAAUUCUAUAUAUUUAUCUUGGACUGAGCCACCCACAAAUGGUUCCGAAAUAAUUAGUUACAAUGUAGAACUUGAUGAUGUACUGUAUAAUACGGAAGAAAAUAUUCCUGAAUUGUGUAUAGAAGAUUUGUCUCCAGAAACAGUGUACAGCCUACGCAUCCAAGCAGUGAAUGAAGUGGGUGUUGGUCCAUUUAGUGAUCCAAUAUCUGUUGAAACUAUGAAAUCUCCACCUUCCCCUCCACAUCUUGAGUGUGUGACUGUCAGCCAUAAUUUCUUGAGGCUGAAAUGGGGGGAUCGUCGAGAAGAGGAAGACUCCUUGUAUUACACAGUAGAAAUGUCUAACAGAUCUAAGAGCUUUGUACCAGUCUACCAUGGAACUAGUUUAGGGUGUAAAGUGAACAGGCUUCAGGAAAAUACCUCUCUUUUAUUCCGUAUUUGUGCCUCAAAUGAAUCUGGUCAAGGUCCUUACUCUUCUGUGUUUACAUUUCGUACAACCAGGGCACCACCACCUUUGCUUAAAGCACCAAAAAUAAUAAGUGUAACAGAAGAUAACUGCCAAGUAGAAUGGACAGGUGUGAAAAUAUCACAAGGUGUGCUACAUUAUCAGUUACAAUUAUCUUCAGCUUCCUCUUCUGAUAGUAUAAUGGUGUACCAAGGAUCUGACACAAAAUGCUUUGUAAGUAACCUAGAACCCAAUACUCAGUACACCCUGCGGAUAGCUGCUGUACGCCCCUGCGAGGAUGGGGACUUAAUAGGAAAUCUCAGCCCCCCUACACCCUUUACAACCUCAAGCAUAGACACUGCCCCUCACACUUCUAUGGCAUUACCCCAAACAAUCUCUCAAAGUGAGAGGAGGACAAUGAACGAUAGGCAUCUGUCAAUGGCUUUAGUUUUUGCCUUUGUCUUAUCUUCCUUUUUAUUUGCCAUGUUGCUGGAACACAUAUUUUGCUUCACUACACAAACAUAAUUUUGUCAUUAUUAUUUACAUUACACUGUAACACAAUUGCUCAUUCCUGGUGCUUUAACGCUUAAGUGAUGGCAAUACUGGAUAUUUUUUGGGUUUUUUUAUUAAAUGUUUGAGAAUAUCUAGCCUGUUUUUUGAGAUAUAUAAGCUCCUUCUUCUUCUACUGCUAUUUAAAACUAUUUUCUCUUUUUCUUUCCUUCUGUAACUUAUCACAAUGAAAAUUAUUGUUUUGUUAUUUAAAUGUUAUUAGUCAUGUAAAUUGGUUUACAAAAAUAUUUUUAUAUAUAUAUAUUUUAUUGUGUAAUGCUCGCGAUAUCUGCAUUUUUUUAUUGUUAGCUUUGAUUCUAAGUUGUCUGUUUUAUGAGCUGUUGUGAAAUUUUGUGUAUUUAACUAUGUUUAUGAUUGUGUGGUAAGUGCUGUUUUAUUUAAAAUUUAUAGUUUUUCUAACUUGAUGGGU